GCGCAACUUUGGCGGCGGCUCUGUUAUGAUUUCGGGCGCUUUUUGCAAUGGAAAAAAGCUCGAACUGCAAUUCAUCACCACGAAGGAGAAUUCUGCCACGUACCAAGCAACUCUCCAAAAGGCCGUGGCUCCGUUCUUCCGCAACAGACGCCACACCCACACUUUCCAACAGGACAACGCAUCUAUCCACACGAGCACCUCCACGAGGAACUGGUUCGUCUCGAAACGAAUUGA